UUUGACCAUGACUAUGCAAAGAAAGCUCCUGCUUCCUCCUCUGUGUCCCAGAGACCCUAAGGAGGAACUCCAGGGAGAACGGAAGCUUGGGAGUCAUCCCAUCCCUUGCUCAGGUGCGAAAUCCCCUGCCCUCCGCCUGGCACUGAGAGGGACAGAUCAUUUUCUCUGCUUGGAGGGGCAGCCUCCUGUGACCUGGACGCAUUAAAGCCUGAACACAGGAACAGAAAGGUCUCUGGGAAUCCAGCCUCAGUCUGUUGGGCUUACAAAGUGACCAAAGUCAAAUGCUGGUCUGUGAGAGAAAGAGGAGGCAGACACAUUGGGGGACCGAGAAGUACUUUGAAGCACCCCGCUCACCAUGGUAUGGGGAGGAAUUUGGCCACAUCCCUGCCAACUGCUCCUUCUCUUGGACUCGGAAAGGGUCAGUUGCUUGUUUCUGUCAGAUUCAUGGACUCCACCAAGAAAAGAGCCUGGUCUGAGACAUUUAAUAUUUGUUGAAACACAGAGGUUUAACUGAUGAUUGACGUACAUAGGGUGAUAGGAAGAGUAUGAACUUGAGAAUCUGAUGGAUUUUGUUUAAAGUUAGGACUACCCACCCUGCUAAUUGUCUUGGGGAAGUUAUUUAACCUCUCUGAACCUCAGCUUCUCAUCCACAAAACAGGACACUAGCACACAGGGGGCUAUCUAUACAUACUUGUCGAAUUGAAAUGGGAGUAUUCAAAAUCAUUUGGGUUGCUGGCUUAAAAUAAGCAGAAUAAUUCAAUUCCUGUCCAUCUGAAAUCUAAUUGUCCAAUUUGGAGUUUCAAAGGUAACAAAGAUCCUAAUGACCUAAUAUUAUUGGGGUAAUCCUAAAAUUUAUUAGGAGAUCUGCAAGUUCCAUGAUGACUGUAUACUGGAGGAAAUGCACAAUGCACACAGACCUUCCUAAGAGUACAGCACCACUUAAUUAUGAGUAAUUGUUGCAUGAACACACACACACAAACACACAACUACAGAACUCACACUAUAAGACAGGAGGGUUAAAUAAUGACAUUUGACCAAAAUGAACUCUUGCAGAGCUCAACGAGUCUAAGUUUCCUCCUUAAUAUCUUAACACGCUAGAGUAUACACAGGCUUUUAAGUAAC